AUGGAUGAAAGAAUUACAGUAAUAGUUGGGUCAUUACAGGUUAUGUCCACUUUAGAUCAUAAUUCCUAUUGGAAUGACUCUAGUAAUUUUAGAGACAUCUUUGACUGGGAGACGUUUGUUGAAGUUUUAAAGGAUGGCAUUACAAUUAUAGACUCGCUCCCACCGGAAUAUGAAUUAGUGAAGCCUCUUGCUAAAAUUCAGGUAUCUUUUUUUCAGCUUUCUUACUAUAGAGACAUGCGAGAAAGAGAACUCAAGAGAGACAAAGUGAUCAAGUUUCUCCAAACGAAUUCGAGGCUAGCUAACAAUGUACCACUUUCGACUCAAAAGCUUCGAUGUCAGAAAAUGUAUGAUGCAUUAAAGUUUAGAAAAGACAUCGAAAAACUUGGGAAGAAUUUGGUUGAAAGAAUAAGAAAAAAUAAAAAGCCAUACAUUGCUCUCCAUUUAAGAUAUGAAAAGGAUAUGCUUGCUUUCACAGGCUGCAGCCACAACCUUACCAUGAAUGAGCAUGAGGAGCUUACGAAAAUGAGGUAUGAGACAAAUCAAUGGAAAGAAAAGAAGAUCAAUGCUAAAGUCCAAAGACUCCAUGGGAAGUAUCCCAUGACACCAAGAGAAGUAGCCAUAUUUCUUGAGGCACUUGGAUAUCCACCUGAUACACAAAUUUACAUAGUUGCUGGUAAAAUCUAUGGUAAAGAUGGUAUCCAAUCGUUGAAACAAAAGUUUUUGAAUCUGUCUACUAAGCUCAGGUUAGCAACAAAGGAAGAGUUAAGGCCUUUCAUGAAUUCAAAGAAUCUACUUGCUGCCAUAGACUAUGUUGUGGCGUUGGAAAGUGAUGUGUUUAUUCACUCUUAUGAUGGUAAUAUGGCUAGAGCAUUGCAAGGUCAUAGAGUUUAUGAAGGUUUUAGGAAAACCAUUAGCCCUGAUAGGCAAAAAUUAGUGAAGCUCGUUGAUGAAUUAGACAAGGGUAACAUAACUUGGGCAAAAUUUUCAUAUUUGGUCAAGAGCUUUCAUGAGAAGAGAAUUGGGGGACCAAAACCAAGGUCUACUUCACUUACUCAAAAAUCCCCAAAACUUGAGGAGAAUUUUUACGCAAAUCCUUUUCAUGGUUGUAUUUGUCAACAUAAAGUCUAA